CGGGCAGACCCAGCGCUCCGGCCCGGCCCGGCUCGGCUCGGCUCGGCUCCGGGGCGCGCCGCGACCAUGCAGCGCCGGGGCGCCCUGUUCGGAAUGCCGGGCGGCAGCGGCAGCAGGAAGAUGGCUGCAGGAGACAUCGGCGAGCUGCUGGUGCCCCACAUGCCCACGAUCCGCGUGCCCAGGUCCGGGGACAGGGUCUACAAGAAUGAGUGCGCCUUCUCCUACGAGUCCCCGAAUUCUGAAGGUGGACUCUAUGUAUGCAUGAAUACAUUUUUGGCCUUUGGAAGGGAACAUGUUGAAAGACAUUUUCGAAAAACUGGACAGAGUGUAUACAUGCACCUGAAAAGACAUGUGCGAGAGAAGGUAAAAGGGGCAUCUGGUGGAGCUUUACCAAAAAGGAGGAAUUCCAAGAUUUUUUUAGAUCUAGAUACUGAUGACGAUUUAAAUAGCGACGAUUAUGAAUAUGAAGAUGAAGCCAAACUUGUUAUAUUCCCAGACCACUAUGAAAUAGCACUACCAAAUAUUGAGGAGUUACCAGCCCUGGUAACAAUUGCUUGUGAUGCAGUUCUCAACUCAAAAUCUCCAUACAGAAAGCAGGAUCCAGACACAUGGGAAAACGAGCUGCCAGUAUCCAAAUAUGCCAAUAACCUCUCCCAGCUCGACAAUGGAGUCAGGAUUCCUCCGAGUGGUUGGAAGUGUGCCAGGUGUGACCUGCGAGAAAAUCUCUGGUUGAAUCUGACUGAUGGCUCCGUGCUCUGUGGGAAGUGGUUCUUUGACAGUUCUGGAGGCAAUGGGCAUGCUCUGGAGCAUUACAGAGACAUGGGCUACCCUCUAGCUGUGAAACUGGGAACCAUUACUCCUGACGGGGCAGAUGUUUACUCUUUUCAAGAAGAGGAACCUGUGUUGGAUCCUCACUUGGCCAAGCACUUAGCACAUUUUGGAAUCGAUAUGCUUCACAUGCAUGGGACAGAGAAUGGGCUCCGGGACAAUGACAUCAAGCCGAGGGUCAGUGAGUGGGAAGUGAUCCAGGAAACGGGGACGAAGCUGAAGCCCAUGUAUGGCCCUGGGUACACGGGUCUCAAGAACCUGGGCAAUAGCUGCUAUCUCAGCUCUGUCAUGCAGGCCAUCUUCAGCAUCCCUGAAUUCCAGAGAGCGUAUGUAGGAAAUCUUCCAAGAAUAUUUGACUACUCUCCUUUAGACCCAACACAAGAUUUCAACACACAAAUGACUAAGUUAGGACAUGGCCUUCUCUCAGGACAGUAUUCAAAACCGCCCAUGAAAUCUGAACUCAUUGAACAGGUGAUGAUGAAGGAGGAACACAAGCCUCAACAGAAUGGCAUCUCUCCACGCAUGUUUAAAGCCUUUGUAAGCAAGAGCCACCCAGAGUUCUCCUCCAAUAGACAGCAGGACGCCCAGGAGUUCUUCUUGCACUUGGUGAAUCUAGUAGAGAGGAACCGCAUUGGCUCCGAAAACCCAAGUGAUGUUUUUCGGUUUUUGGUGGAAGAACGUAUUCAGUGCUGUCAGACCCGAAAAGUCCGCUACACGGAGAGGGUGGACUACCUGAUGCAGUUACCUGUGGCCAUGGAGGCAGCAACCAACAAGGAUGAACUUAUCGCCUAUGAAUUAACAAGAAGGGAAGCAGAAGCCAACAGAAGACCCCUUCCCGAGUUGGUUCGUGCCAAGAUACCAUUUAGUGCCUGCCUUCAGGCCUUUUCUGAACCAGAAAACGUUGAUGAUUUCUGGAGCAGUGCCCUACAAGCAAAGUCUGCGGGUGUGAAAACAUCUCGCUUUGCCUCAUUCCCUGAAUACUUGGUAGUGCAGAUAAAGAAGUUCACUUUUGGUCUUGACUGGGUUCCCAAAAAAUUUGAUGUUUCCAUUGAUAUGCCAGACCUACUUGAUAUUAGCCAUCUCCGGGCCAGGGGGUUACAGCCAGGAGAGGAGGAACUUCCAGACAUCAGCCCCCCCAUAGUCAUUCCUGAUGACUCAAAAGAUCGCCUGAUGAACCACUUGAUAGACCCAUCGGACAUUGACGAAUCAUCAGUGAUGCAGCUGGCCGAGAUGGGUUUCCCUCUGGAAGCGUGUCGGAAGGCCGUGUACUUUACUGGAAAUAUGGGAGCUGAGGUGGCCUUCAACUGGAUCAUUGUUCACAUGGAAGAGCCAGAUUUUGCUGAACCACUGACCAUGCCUGGUUAUGGAGGAGCAGCUUCUGCUGGAGCCUCUAUAUUUGGUGCUACUGGAUUGGAUAACCAACCUCCAGAGGAAAUUAUAGCUAUCAUUACCUCCAUGGGGUUCCAGCGAAAUCAGGCUGUUCAGGCGCUUCGAGCAACGAAUCAUAACCUGGAAAGAGCUCUGGAUUGGAUCUUUAGCCACCCUGAGUUUGAGGAAGACAAUGACUUUGUGAUUGAGAUGGAGAAUAAUGCCAAUGCAAACAUUAUUUCUGAGGCCAAGCCUGAAGGACCUAGAGUCAAGGAUGGAUCUGGAAUGUAUGAAUUAUUUGCAUUCAUCAGUCACAUGGGAACAUCCACAAUGAGUGGCCAUUACGUUUGUCACAUCAAAAAGGAAGGAAGAUGGGUGAUCUACAAUGACCACAAAGUUUGUGCCUCAGAAAGGCCCCCAAAAGACCUGGGCUACAUGUACUUUUACCGCAGGAUACCAAGCUAAACCUCAGACCCACAAAUCGGCAAGAAGAAGCCAUACGCCUUUUUAAUUUGCCAAAAAAAAAAAAAAAAAAAAAAGUUGGGACAGCCAGACAUGAAGGAAUAUGUGGGGUAUUUAUAGUUUAUUUAAAGAACAUCAUUUGACGCCUUCUGAAAUAGAACUGGGAAGAAAUUUCUAUUAGUGAUGAUACACUACUGUAGAUAGUUUUUCUUUUUAUAAAUGUUCAAGGAAAGGGUGAUUUAAAAAAGUAUUCAUAUUGUUGGUGGGGGAUGCCGCUGACACAUCAAAAAAUGAGGAUGUGCCACUAGCCUCUGUUUUUCUUUGGGGUUCAGCAAUUUUGGGCUCCAGAGAAACCAAGUAGUGGGCUCAGUGGCAUAGCCUCACCCACAAUAAAAGAAAUGCCUAUUUUUGUUUCAUAUCAAAAAUCGAAGUAUACUGGGCUGUAUUUAUGACAUAUUUUUUUCAUUACACAUAAUAAUUUCUGACCUAUCUAUGUAUAGUAGAUUAGGGUAUACCUAUAAUGAAAGAUUUUAAUUUAAUCACAUAAAUUCAUAAUACAAUUGUGUGAAUGUGUGUGAGAAUGAGCGUGUGAAACCUUAAUAGUUAACUGGAAAAUCUGACAGGUUGGUUUUAAAAGGUUAACGCAGUUGGUUAAGCAUAGCUGGAAAAAGCAAGUAAAUGUUUUAAACCAUAACUCAGGAAUAGUUAAAAAUUAGUUCCCCACUUAGAUUUUCAGGCAUAAAAGGACUGAGUUGUCCCUUUAAGUGUUGUUAAGAGUUGACUUGGGUUUGUCAAGUUUGGUGGUGUAAUGAGAGAUGCCCACAGCAGCACAAUAUUUACUUUGCCAAAGACAGAUAAAUUCUGUUUCUCAGCAGCCCUUCCUGUAAGGUUUAGUGUAUAUUUGUAGUUAAAAUAGCUGAUCUCUUACCAUAACACACGGCAACUCUGUGGAAUUCUGUUAAGUGCUCCAAAUUUGUCUGCAAUUUUCUCGUCUCUGAGCUCACUGCCUGCUUCCAUUUAUACAUUUGCUGGGGCCAGAAUCCCAUCUUUGCCCUUUCUGGGAUUAUCACCUCCUGACUUCCCUUCACUGCUUAUUGCUGUGACGAACAGCCUAAUCUUGGGGGCGCUUGUAGGGUUUCAGAUGCAAAGACCAUUGUGAUGAAAGACCAUCAUUUCCAUUUUGGUGUUUUCAUUAUUUUCUUUGCAACCUGGGAUUUAAUCAGAGCUUCAAAUGUGAUGAUGAGAAAGUGGAAUGAUAGUGCCCUAUAAUUUUCCUGCUGCUCUGUACAAAUUCCUAGGUCUCUGGAGUUUCUAUUUCAGAUUAUUCAGUCAAAUGAAAAAGUCAGUUGUUAUUAUUGUCUGCUUAACAUACAUUUGAUUGGUAGAAAGGAUCUUUCUAGAAACUGUAGGAAAAGAAAAUAGAACCAGUUGGGUGAACUACAGCACAGACGGUGUGUUCACAAUUGUGAAGUAAAGAUUUUAGCUGAAACUGGGCCUACCUCGCAGGAGACCACUUGCACCAUGUGGCAUGUGGUCUGGGAACUGUGGUCCAGAGACCUGCGUGCUGCCUGGAGUUGGCUGUGGGGCUUAGGCAAGUACCAUGUCCUCCCUGUGCCUCAUUUUCCUCAUGCGCUAUGGUGUGAUAACCCCUGUCCACUGUACUUUGAAGAUAGGGUAAGACUUGAUAUGGGGAACCUUUAGGAGUCAUAGGUGUUAUGUCUCAGGGGGUGCUAGCCACGUCUGCUCCCGUUCUUCCCACAUGCUCUGUUCUUCAAUUUGGGAGCAAAUGAGAUUGGAGAAGGAGGGAGUUCAUGGAGCAGUAAUUCUCAGCUACACUGUGCGUGCUGGUGUCCCCUUCUAACAUUACCUUGGGUAUCCCGGGGAAUCCAAAUCUGUGAUUUGAGUCCUCGACAGGUAGAAGUCCCCAUUCUAAGCAGCCUUACAGGAUCCAAUCUUCUUAGGGCUGAGUGAGUAUCAUAGAAUAACAGCUCCAAAUGUACAGUAAAAAUGGCUUGUUUUCAGUGCUACCACAAAGCGAAUCCUUUUUGGGGAAUGAGGUGUGAUUGGGAGUUUGGAUUGAAAUGUGGACAAAGAUAGCAUGUAUUUUGAGCAAAAUAAUUUUAUAAUAAAACUUUGCAAAAGAAAUGGUAUAAAAUCAGUAUUUAAAAUUAUAGGCUAUAUAUUAUUUAAUUUCAUUCUGUAGAAAGAGAAAUUCAGCCCUUUUGAUGCUUAAGAUAAAGUGUAAAAAAGCAUAAUAUGUUUUUUUUUUUUCCUGCCUCCAAAACAAAGGGCUAUUUCUACAGGCAAAGUUUUAUAUAUGUACCAUUCUUUUUUUCAGAUUGAGUGCUGGGAAAAACUGAAGCAAAUAAUAGAUUUCUUUCUUGCUUAAAAGUGUAUUUACAUGUAUACCCUUGUAGACACAAGGCAGAUUUCCCUGGAAUAUGUCUGGAAUGUACUGCUUAAUUUUACAUGUCUGUAGACAAGAUAAUUUGUGUCUGAUAACUGGGAUAAUGUGUGGAAUUUGUCAAUUGAAUAUCAGCCUGUUUGGACUCCCCUGUGUAAGGCGUGGCAGUAUAAUUGUGAAAUUCUGUGUUUGGAUGUAUGUGUGAAAGAGAGCACUUUCUUCCUGUAAAUACCUUUUGAUAUCCACUUGUGUAAAGUCCUAAUGAAUGGUUCUUUGGAAAGUACAAUGUAUCAAAGUUUUUAUUUUGUCAGUUGAUCUAAAUGCCCAUACAACUAAUCAGAAAUCCAGCUUGGAUUUUUUGAUCAAAGACAAAAAAAAAAAAAAAUUGGGACUUUUUUUUAAGGGGAAGGGAAAGUAUGCAGAUUGGAAAUCUCCUGUUUUAAUACCAUUUAAAUGAAUAUUACUUCAGUAUUUUGAAAUUGACUCAGCUGUUUUCUCCUACCUACAAGAGAAUGUGCCUGCCAUUCCCGGUGCUCACUGUGGGCGGGAGGAAGUCUGGUGUGAGUGACCUGUCGCUCUGUGUCAUUGAUUCCCUUGACCUUAGCUGGACAGAUGAGAGCCCUCCCGCCUCGAAGUGCAAAGGGGCUGGGUGACUUUACACUUUACCUCUGGGCCUUUUUCUUCAAGAUGAGUGGGUUGGGCUGAAUGAGCUCAGAAAUCCCUUCCUGCCCUGACAUUCAAUUCUGUUUUUAUUGUCCUAUGGAUGCUAUGGGGGGUCAGACAGGUGAGGAGGAAUCACAUAGAGGUUAGAUGUUAUAUUUUUGGUUUGUUAAAGCUUCUACACCCCUAAUUUACUGCCUGCCUCAUUUUUGGUGUGCCCACCCCAACUUCUAUUCCUGUUACUCUUACCUUUAAUUUCUUUGGUAAUUAUCCAUACUCUUAGACCUCUCCACUUUCAAUCCAUGAGAUAUUUGUUACCAUCUCCCUACAAUGUGAAAAAUGCAUGUAAAACACCCUCCAAGCUCAAAGCCUCAGAAUUACAUAAAUAGGUAACAUUUAGUAUUUUCUUAUUCUAAUUCAGUUAUACUUAUGGUCCCCCAAGUAAAUGCUGAGAAAGCUAUCCUUCACAGAAUGGAUGUCUCUUUUUGUCUUGUAAACAUUAUUUUUGCUAAGUUGCAUCAUCCGAAUGGACCAUCUAUGGGAGGUGGCAGGUGACCGUUUCAGGGCUAGGGCAUGGAUUAGAUAAAAUGUGUUACUGUCAUUUACCUUCAGUCAGUAAUCCUAGUUUUUAGAACAAAGCUCUCUCCUCUUGGUGUAUGAUACUUCCACAGAGCUUCCCUACUCAGUAACUCAUCUUGGAAGAGUUUAGAUUCUUUAGACCUGUGCUACUCAGUGGGGUUGUCAGUAGCCACUUGUGAUAAUGAUGCCUUGAAAUUUGGCUUGUUCCAGCUUGUGCUGUACACAAAAGGCUUGGCAUCCCCCCCAAAAUGUAAAAUAUUUCAUCAAUAUUUUCUAUCAAUUACAUGGGGAAACAAUAUUUUAGAUACAUUGAUUAGAUAAAAGAUAUAUUACUAAAUUUUCACUUAUUCCUUUUAGUAUUUUUUUAAAAUGUGGCUACCAAAAAUUCAAAAUAGGUAUGUGAUGCCCAUUGUACUUCUCUUGGACAACGCUACUCCAGACUCUAGGUGGUGUGGGUAGGCAGUGAAAUACCACAGAUAUGGAAGGUAACUCUAUGAACCAUCCAAAUAGACAAAAGCAACACAAAUAUUGGUGUUGGAGUCAGGAGCACAGUGAGGCACAGAUUGUCUUCUAGAAGAUUUUUCUGUGUAAAAGAUCUAUGAAUAAGAUCUGUUAACAAACAUGAGCAAAUGUGCCCCACACCUAGUUCCUUCAAUUUUGCCUAGAAGCUGCUAACUUACUUUUUGCGCAUUUUCCAGGUGCCCAGGAUGUUGCCACUUGAAGGUGAUGGGCAUAUUUGGUUUAUUUUAGGCAACAUUCUCUUGUGGUUUCCUUACUCUCUUGUAUUUGGUCUGUGCAGAGGUGGGUGCGUUGAAACAAUGUGCAAAUCUUGCCCAUCGACUCCUCUUGGCCUUGGAAGAGGCUGAGCCUGCACCUGCGUCUGCCUGCCCUGCAGGUUUUGAUGUUGGCUCCUGAAAGAGUUUGUUUGUUUUGUUUUGCACUAGUGACAAUUGUUUAAAUUAUCUCAAAUGUUUUGGGAGAGUAUUUGCCUCUGAUGGAGAGAUGAAUGAUUAAUUGCUUCAAUUGUUUUAAAAUUAAAUGCUAUUCUCACAAUCUGAGGUCUCUCUCUCUCUCUCUUUCUCUGUUUUGUUUUCUGGUUUUGUAAAAUGUCAAGUAAACUGAAUAUAUUUCUCUUCCCAGAUUUCUAUCCACUAGUGAAACAGAUAACUUGAGACAAAGACUAACUUUCUUUCUUUUUAGGAUUUAUUUUGUGGGGGUUGCCUGGUCCCCAGCAGUAGUAGAACAUCAGCAAUGACAAGAUAUGAACCUCUGUGAAGGGGGGAGGGGCCGAGGCAUGGAGGUAUCUCAUGUCUUUUAGACUGUCCCUAGGAUAUUAAGUUUAGCCAAAUGUUGGAGUCAGUUGAGGAAUCCUUGGCUCAUAGUUUGCUGGUGACUGUCUUUACAUAGGUACAAGCAGAUUUCACACUAGUUCCACAGGAGACGUCAGCAUUUCUAUGACACCAUCGUUUUCAGGUGUAUGAGCUUCUGAUACUGAGGUAAUAAAUUACCACACACUUAGUUACUUAAAAUGAUACAUUUACUAGGUUAGAAUUCUGAAAUGGGUUUUAUGGGGCUAAAAUCAAGGGGUCUUCUGGGAAUCCAUAGAAGAGAAUCAAUUCCUUGUCUUUUCCAGAUUCUGGAAGCUGUUCCUGUUCCUUGGUUCAUGGCCUUGGCCUUGCUCCAUCAUUAGCUUUUAAUUUUAUAUCUCCUGAUUUACUCUUCUGCCUCCUUCCUGUGCAGACCCAUAUGAUUACACUGAGGCCCACCCUGUUAGUCCAGAAUAUUCUUCCCACUGAGGAAGGUAGUAUUCACAGGUUUCAGAGAUUAGCAGUUGCAUAUUUUGGAUGAACAUUAUUUUGGCUGCCAUGUAGGGAUGCAAAUUACAGCUUAAAAUAUGUCCAUUCAGUGUUUAAAAUUUUUAUGAAAAUGAACUUAUAUAUUUUUUAAAUAUAGUAAAUAUAUAUCACAAUAAAAUGACUGACUUCAGUGCUAUGCCAUAUAUUUGGAAAGAGGGAUAGAAAGAGAAGGAAGCAAUUGUGAUAAUGAGGGAUUGUUUGAUUCAGAAAAUUUGUGAAGUUAUUGGGACAAUGUUUGCAAGCCAGCUGCUGCUCAUGUUCACUUGCUAUAUCCCAUCCUACCCAGCAGGAGAGUUUACCAGUUUGUCUAUGUGUUGUGUGAACUUAACAUUCCUGCUUUUCAAAGGUAUUGGGUGGUCGGAAAAGUCAUGAUAUUUCUUUUCUAUGUUUCUCAAGCAAAAAUGCAUCAUAAUGGUGCACGGGUGCAUUGGUGAAGGAAAUUCUAUGGGGACUAUACCUGAGGGGAGAGGGGAAGCAAACAUUGUUUAAAAAUGAACAAUGAUGUAAAAAAAAAAUAAAAAUGCAUCAUGACUUUUAAA